AUGUCUUUCCAUAUACCACUCAGGACAUCGAGCAUGAAUGCUCCCACAAGCGACAUGCUUUCCGCCAGAAAUGAUCAGGGGGACAUGAGGUCGAGGAGAAUGAGCAAGGCCCAGAAAAUCCUGGGAACGACAAGCAUUGCUCUAGAUAAUGAAUAUCAUAGGCCACCCGAUAAGCGAACAAGCAGACGACCAAGCUUCCUGAAUGCUCCCGAAAUCACACCCAAAAGCUUUGACACAGAAAACAUCCUGCCUCUACCACACCUGCGGGAGUAUCGCGCGACAAAUGACCCUCCCCCCGCUCUCCAACACUCAAAGAAACUCCAUCAGUCUGGCUCAUCAUCAGCCUUAGAAUUGCCGGCAGACUUGAACCCAAGCUUUGGCACAACUAUGGAUAUCAUUGGACAGCACUCGAAUGACAAAACGAGCCCAUCAUUCGAACGACCAAAAGGCUCUACGAAGGACUCGAGACGAAAGAGUCGCCCUCCAAGAAUCGAUCUUUCUUUACUCUUCCCCAAACCACAAUCAGCCACCCCACCUCUUCUUUCACCUACACGCCUGAUGUCGUCUCCCUCUCCAAUUUCGGUAACCUCGGAACAUUCUACAGCAAAGGCAGCUAAACAGGGAAACCGUUCACCUGGAAGGAAGCUUACAAAGGUACCGCCGCUGCCAAGAGUCUCUACUCGCCUGGAGAACAGCCACCAGACCAUUAAUGGGGUGCUCAAUUCUCCUGGAUCGCCCGUUACGAAGAGCCCGCAGUGGGUAGAACCUUCGACGGAAAGAAUAGUGCAAACUAGCGAGAUGGACCUGGCUUUGGAGAAGAAACAUGAUACCCAGCUGACUCCCCGUUCAAAUGACCGUGUUCGAUAUAGCCUGCUAAACUUUAGCUCCCGGAGCAGGGAGCAACUUCGACAAGGCGACUCCAAGUCUACUGAAUCAGCCCCCCUGUCUGGCAAAUCAACGGUCUCUUCACAAACAACAGUUCGUAAUAUGCCUUCACACCACACCGUCGGUGACCGGGGUAAAGAAACCUACUUGUCUGCAAAGGCAUCUUCUGGGCCCAAACCGCAGGCAAUGGCAAGCCUACCUCCAUCAUCCCAGUCUAACUUGCGUGCCAAUGCUCGUAAGAGCCCGAUGGUGUCUAAGAAGAGUAGUAAAAGUGCAUUGAAAACCUCGGAUCUCAAUAAAUCCAGUGUCCUAUGUCUUUCGUCUUCUGAGGACGAGGACGAGGAGGAAGACUUGUUCAAACCUGCAGAAAAGGUUCGCCGGGCCCAGCGAGACAGCGUGGCUACAUACGGGGAAUCCGAUGCCGAGAUUUGCACAGCUGCAGCUGCUCAGGCUACUAAGGGCACGUUAAGGAGUGUUGAGCGUCCUCCAUCAUCAAGCACCCGAAGCUCACGCCCUAUUCCGAGAACAGCCAAGGUCCGACGUGAGCCUUCUGCUGCUACUACUGCUAGUACUACCGCAAAGCCAUCAUCUUUAAAUAGCCAGUCUCGCCGCUCCAGCGGCGUCCCAACUAUAUUAGAGCCUGACUUUUUUCACAAUGACCCUAUCUUCCGCCAGAUGAGAAAUUCUACCAUCUCUCAAAAUACGCCAUCUCAAAGCAUCGUGUCUCACAAAGAGAUCAAUAGGAGGAGCCGACUCGUUGCGGUCACUCGGCAAGAAGAGCAUUUGCUCGAGGCAGUGAGACAGCGGAAAGGCAAAAUUACUCCAAGCCUCUUCCAAGAAGCUCUGGAACCUGAUCGUCAUUCCGUAAUUUCUGGCCCAUCUCGCGAUUCGUUCUAUUGCUCCGACACGUCAUUCUUGCGUUUAAGCCCUGGAUUUCCUCCUCCAGGUACGGCACGCACACCGCAUGGUGCGAGUUCUGACUCCGAACACAAGACCACAAACUCUGGUGCGUCGCCCCGUGUGAGUUUAGCGUACUCUGAAAGCCUCCCUUCUCCCGCGACCAGCGGGACAUCUCCUUUGACCCCGACCCUUCCUAUUCACCGCUUCUCACCUUUACCAUCACAAAAGCCCCCGCCGCGCCAACCGCCACCCCCAGUUCCCGAAGUUCGAAGACAGCAUUCGAGAAGGCGGACUGACAGCAGCGAGGCAAUUGUGCUUAGCAGCCCUACUGAAACCUCGAAAGGAAGCAACGAUUUUCCGAUUUGGGCUUUGGGCUGGAAUAACGAUAGGUGCCUCCAUCAGAUCACUAGCUUCGUUGGCUUGGGUGGAUACGAUCCCUGGCCCAGGUUACCUGGGCGGCUGGGCCAGCUAUCAAUCACCAUGGGGGAAACAGUCCAACGACAGCCUGCGGGGCGCGUGGCGGUUUGGAGGAGUUCUUCUUGGAUUCUGUUGACUGCGCAGUAUACCACAUUCGUCCUUCUAGCGCAUUACUCCAGGAUUAUGCCACCCACUGGUGGCAAGCGAUAUCUAACAUCAACCGCCGUCUUUUUUAGCGAAGUUAUCAAACUCGCUGUAUCCUUGACAGUUGCACUAUAUGAAGUCUCAAAAACAGCCCCUCCGUCUGUGCCUGCGACCUCCCUUCUUUUAUCUCUCACAGCAGCUGUCUUUUCCGGUGACAGUUGGAAGCUUGCGAUACCGGCCGGUCUUUAUACCCUGGCGAAUUCGCUUCAAUAUAUUGCACUUUCCAAUCUACAAGCUGCGACGUUUCAAGUAUCAUACCAGCUGCAGCUUAUUGUGAGCUCGAUAUUCGGUCUGGUGCUGUUGAAGAGAACUAUUUCCCCACGCAAAUGGGCCUUGAUGCUUCUACUCCUGCUGGGGGUGGGCCUGGCCCAGAUUCCCAACGGUAGCCUAGAUGAGAAUGCAUUGGAGCAUGCAGCUUCGCACUUUGAUUUCCCACGCUCGCUGGAAGAGUGGAAGUCGGUGAAGCUAAAUGGCGGGAACCUGCAUAAACGUUCCGCGACCUAUGAGGGAAUCCAGGAGGAUCUGCUGACUGCGACCCCGCAAUUGAAUGCGGCGGUUGGCCUUUUGGCCGCCAUUGCUGCUUGUGGAGCCUCUGGCGUUGCCGGUGUAUAUUUUGAGAAGGUGCUCAAGGAUAGCGUAAAGGCAACUUCACUUUGGAUCCGGAAUGUGCAACUCGCUAUCUACUCGAUCUUCCCUGCGUUAUUCAUUGGCGUUGUAUUCCUGGAUGGGGAGAAGAUUGCAACCGGUGGACUUUUCGAUGGCUACAACUGGGUUGUUUGGUCUACGAUCCUGGUGCAAGCUGUUGGAGGGAUUACUGCAUCUUUCUGCACUGGGUGUGCUUAUGCAGAUAGCACGAAUGUUGCCUCGGCCACAAGUAUUGUCGUCACAACAGUGGCUAGUGUUUGGCUCUUCGAGUUUGAACCCACUCUCUCAUUUCUCAUUGGCACCUUUGCGGUGUUGGUGGCUACCUACCUCAGUGAUAACCCUAACUCAGGGUCUGUUCAGGUUAAGCGACAGGUCCUUCGUCCACCACCAAUUCGUAUCGAGCGCUUUGAUAAAGAUAGCAAGAGUGCUGAAGCCUCGCCUUCAUCCUCGCCUAACGAGAUUUCUAUCAAGCUCCCAAGUACCCCUUUCUUGUCGGAUGCAGGCAUCUCAACGUCAAGGCCUACCUCGCCAGGCCAUGCAAGAAUCGGUAACUCGCGAACCGGGGGGGGUGGGUUCUUCAAAUGA